GAACACCUACAUCGAGGAGGGCCAGCAGCUGACCAGCGAAGCCUGGGGCAGCAUGCUAAAGCUGGGGGACAAGAUGGGCACGGUCUACGAAGACUUCAAGCCCCUGGAGCCGGCCUUCUCCAAAGCGAGCGGUGCUGCGGAGCUGAGCACAAACCAGGGCUUGCUGUCGCAGCUGACGCACUGCGUGCGGUCCCUGCUCAGCAGCAACACCAUUUUGGACGUCCUGGGGAGCGCCCUCAGCUCCGCCAUCGGCGUCUUCGGCCAGAUCAAGGACGCCAUCGUGAGCAUCGUGUCCAAGCUGGGCGGACGCAGGCUGCGUGACGCGGGUGCGGAAGGGCGACGGCUCUACGACUACAACCA